GUUCAAGAUGGCAUAAAUUAGCCAGACGCAGUUUAAAGGUGUCUUAUUAUUAACUUGUUACAAGGUUCGUGUUUCCUUUCCUCUUGGGGGGCGGAGUCACGCAUGAUUGUUUGUGCGCGCGCGCGUGAAGCUGCCUUCGAUCCAGCGUGGCACCAUUUCUCUACGGAGCUCCGGAACACCGCAGUUUGUCUUCGGUUUGGACAAAUCAACACGGACAGUUCGCUUAUGCAACCCGCCUGAGGAUUUACGGAUUAUUAUCGUGAAAGAAAGCGCGGUGUUUGUGUUCUUCGGUAGCGGGCCCGGAGACAGCGCGAGCCGAUAGAGAGCCUCCCCUCAGGUCUUUCCGUCCUGACAUGGACACAGGAACUGUCCCCGAAAAGAAAAGGGUGAGCUCGGAGCGGAGGAAGGAGAAGUCCCGGGACGCGGCGCGAUGCCGGCGCGGGAAGGAGUCGGAGGUGUUCUACGAGCUGGCCCAGCAGCUGCCCCUGCCCCACAGCGUCAGCUCCAGCCUGGACAAGGCCUCCAUCAUGAGGCUCACCAUCAGCUACCUGCGCAUGAGGAAGCUGCUCUGCUCCGAUGAGCCGAUGGCAGACGAGGAGACGGAGCUGGACGUCCAGCUGAACGGCUCCUACCUGAAGGCUCUGGACGGCUUCCUCAUGGUGCUGUCUGAGGACGGAGACAUGAUCUACCUGUCGGAGAACGUCAACAAGUGCCUGGGACUGGCACAGUUUGACCUGACUGGACACAGCGUGUUCGACUUCACACAUCCCUGCGACCAGGACGAGCUGCGGGAGAGGCUGGUCCACAGAACAGGCUCGAAGAAAGCCAAGGAACCAAACACAGAGCGCAGCUUCUUCCUCCGGAUGAAGUGCACGCUCACGAGCCGGGGACGCACCGUCAACGUCAAGUCGGCCACGUGGAAGGUGCUUCACUGCACAGGUCACGUCCGUAUGUACGACAGCCAGGCUGAGCAGAGCGCCACGGGCCAGAAGGAGCCUCUCCCGUACCUGGUGCUGAUCUGCAGACCCCAUCCCCACCCCUCCAACAUCGAGUUUCCUCUGGACGCCAAGACCUUCCUCAGCCGCCACACGAUGGACAUGAAGUUCACAUACUGCGACGAGAGGUGCACUGAGCUCAUGGGUUACGAUCCAGAGGAGCUGCUGAAUCGCUCCGUGUAUGAGUACUACCACGCUCUGGACUCAGACCAUCUGACAAAGACUCACCACAACUUGUUUGCGAAGGGCCAGGUCAGCACGGGCCAGUACAGGAUGCUCGCCAAGAGGGGAGGCUUCGUGUGGGGAACCCAGGCCACCGUCAUCUACAACAACAAGAACUCCCAGCCGCAGUGUGUGGUCUGUGUCAACUUCGUGCUCAGCGGCAUCCAGAGCAGAAGCUAUCCUGUCCUGGAGCAGACGGAGGAGGUGAAGCCGGUGAAGGAGGAGCAGCCGGAGGAGGACAAGGCGGUGGUGGAGAGCAGCCAGCCCGAGGAGCUCCGGCCUGAGGAGGAGGGGGAGGAGGAGGAGAAGGGCCCGCUGGACGUGAUCAAACUCUUCACCCAGGUGGUGAAGGCGGAGCCUCCGGUGAGCCUGUACGAGCAGCUGAAGGCGGAGCCCGAGGCCCUCACCCUGCUGGCCCCGGCGGCCGGAGACACCAUCAUCUCCCUCAACUUCGACUGCCCCGACUCGGAGAUGCAGCUGCCCGAGGACGUCCCUCUCCACAACGACGUGAUGCUUCCCGCCACGGCACAAGCGAGCCUGCCGCUCUCGCCGCUAGCGCCCAGCGAGCCUCUCAGCGUCUGCAGCGCCUCCUCUGGCGACGCCAAGUCUGACAGCUUCAACCCGGCUCCGCCCAACACCAGCGUCAGCAACACUUCCACUGAGGCUGAAGUGCCUCUGGCAUUCUGCUUCCCAAUGGAGUCAGAGAUGAGCGCAGACUUCAAACUGGACCUGGUGGAGAAGAUUGCCAUCGACACAGAGCCCAAGACCCCCUUCAACACUCAGGCUGUGAGGGAUUUGACGUACCGGUCUGUGUGUGUCUCAGCUGAUGAGGACCUGGACCUGGAGAUGCUGGCUCCUUACAUCCCCAGCGACGACUUCCAGCUGCGCAGCCUCACUCCAGACCCGGUCAAAUCCCUGCACAGCUCUCCGGUCCACGGCCAGGAUGCCCACAGCUUCCCCGGCUCCCCCUUCAGCGGACCGGGAAGCGGCGCGGCUUCCUCGGCGCCGCCGCCGGAGCACCUGGCCCCCCCGCUGCCUCCCGCCAUCGUCGCACAGAGGACCCCGCAGGUGGACAAAGACGUCUCCCUGAGGAGCCUGGUAGCUCAGAACGCGCCGCGCAAGAGAAAAACUGAGUGACCUUAAGAGAUCACGGACAGGGAGCGUUGCCCCCCGGAGCAGAUAGAGAAGGGCAAGAAGCUGAAGGGGUCGGAGACGGGAACGACCAGAACCAUCCUCCUGCUGCCUUCAGGUGACUCCCUCCUGACCCGCCUGCUGGGCAGAACCUCGAGGGGCGGCGCGCUCUUCGGCCUGCCGCAGCUCACCCGCUACGACUGCGAGGUGAACGCGCCGCUGCAGGGCCGCCAGUACCUGCUGCAGGGCGAGGAGCUGCUGCGCGCCCUGGACCACGUCAACUGAGUCCUGGCUUUAGCCCCGCCCACUGCUGGACUGGACUGGACACUACGACAUGUCCCUCACGUCCCCCCUCCCCUCUCCGUCCCUUAUUUAUGUAACUGUAAGAGUUCGAUUGUAGCUCGGCUGCUGUUUGUGCACAUCACGUGAUAUUUGCAGCAUUCCACCGUGACAAAACCAGAGCAGCGUCCAGGUUUUGGUGCCAGGGAUGGAGACAUCCCGAGAUGUUUAGUUUCUUGUCCCGCCCCUCCUCCUCCUGACCCCGCCCCCUCUCUUCCAGCACACAGCGCCUCGACCGAUGACCUCUCUCCAGCAGGUCACCACAGAACCUGGCGCUACUGCCAGCAGUGUAUUGUAAGCUUCAGUCGCACAAUUUAUAUUUCUUAAAAAGAAAAAAUAUUACCAGCAAUAUAUAGUAAGCCUUUUUAAAAGUAGUUUUUAAUGGAAUUUGAACAAUUUUAUUUUUCCUCCCAUACUUGUAUGUUGUAGUACUCGUACCUAACAAGAUGUCUCUAGUCCAGAAGUAUGAUCAUAUUUUGUUUAAACCCGAGCUGGUUGAAUGUUAUCGCAUUUCAUAGUUGGGUCUUUGAGGUAAAACCAUUUAUUUGUGUAGCAGUCCAGUACAUGUCACUUUAUUACUUUACUGUGUGUUACUGUGCAUAUAUGAAAGCAGGGAGGGACUUCCGAAGUGGACCCACGUUUCCGCUCCUCAUCGUGUGUGUGUGUGUGUGUGAGACUCACCAACAGCAGAACGCUCUAAACGUCCCGUCGCGUCUCAUCUUGCUCCUGUAAUUAUCCACGUCAUGUAGUAGCUUUGGUGACUCCUCCGCUCACUCAGUGGUCGUUGGUUCGACGCCGUGCUCCACGUCAUCGUGCUGGGUCUGUCAUGCUUCUUUUUUUGCUGUCUAACAUUAAAUGGCUUUAAUAAACUGUUGUUUCUGCUC